GAAAGAGAUAAUGUUAGUAUGUUUAAUUGUUAAUAAAUUGAAGACCGGUUUUUGCCUGGUGUCCCUGCCUAUGAAGCCGAUGGUCCUGGGUUCAAAUCCCGGUAAGGGCAUUUAUUUACCAGCGUCGUAUUAGGCGUAUUAGGCGUGUUCCCCGACUGAUUUGCCCAAGGCACAAUACCGCUGCAUUUCGUGGCAGUUUUCGUUAUGCUGCCACGAAGUGCUGGAACAACCUCCCACCUCCUAUUUGGGAGAGCACAACUGUUAGUAGCUUCAAAUCUAAACUGAAAGCACACCUGAUAGCUCAACAGGGUAUUGCUGCCUAAGGGCAUCAUUCUACAUAGCCUCAGCUCCUAAAUAUGAUUAACACCCAAGUAAAUAUCUGGUUACUGCAAUAUAAUGAACUCGCAUGUAUAAUGUAUAAUAUGUGUACCUUAAUAGCUGUUAUUUAUAAGUAUUUAUAUUUUAUAUUGCCUUUUGAUAAUUGAUUAUUUAUUAUUAUCUGUCACACAAGUCGCACAGUAUGCCGUUCCGCUCACCUCACUGGCUCCACAGAAAACCAGCGCCGUUGACAACGCUUAGUCGUGCCAACUGCAAUGCUGAGUGGAGACCAUUUCAGCCUCACAUCCUUAUCUGUUCUGUACUAUUCAACUUCCACUGUUUCUUUUUUUGUUUCUUUUUUAAAAUUCUUGUUGUUGUUAAUGUAUUAUCUUCUUUGUAAUAAUUGAUGUGUUGUCUGAAUAAAUAUAAUUCUAUUCUAUUCUAUUCUAUUCAUUUGUGUGAUGAGCAUAAAUAUUGGUUCCUGAGUCAUGGUAGUUUUCGAUGUAUAUGUCGUUGUUUAAGUACCCACAACAGAUGCCUUAUUGAGCUUACUGUCAAUGUCAAUUUGUGUGAAAAUGUCCUAUAUUUAUUUAUUAUUUGAAAUGCAAAUGUCAAAUAUGAUCCACACAGAGAGAGCUGCCUUGCAAGGAAUUGCCUCGCGGAGUAGCUCGGACAGUCUAGAUCUUAAAGCAUAUAACCAACCGGAGUCGUCUUAAAGAGCUCACCCCUGUGGCGAAAACCUCAGCCUAUGGUCAUACUGGCGUCAUACUUAUUGUAUGGACUUAUGUUUAUCUAACAUGGCUAUUUGUAAAUACGUUACGCAAAAAUCGGCAGACUGUUUUGUACAGAAAAUAACAACAUUGUAACGAUUUUAUGUGUCACUGAUUUUAACUCCCUUAUGUACAGUAUAAUUUUCACUUCACAAUCCUAAAGUCCACGACCUGAAUUUAAAACAAAUUAUAUUACUUUUCGAUAAGUACAAAACAAGCUUUCGAAUCAUGGCUAUAUUUUAUUAUUUAUACAUUUUAUCAGUCAAAACCUUUGUGACAGAACUUAAGACCUGACUAUGUAUACUAGACUCUGUGCCGAAAGAGUCGUGGAAUACAAGGGAACCAUUAGGGUUGUUUCCAAUUUUUUGAAACGCUUGUAUUACGUUCUAUAUUAACUAAAAGUUGCCCCAAAAUUCAACUUUUAUACUAAAAACGGCUUUAAAUAUGUUAAAUUAACAAAAUAUAUUUUGACAUAUGCUUUCGCGGCCAAAACGCUCUUUGAAAAUUGUGUGACGUCACAGUUUACGGUUUGACACAUAACUACAUACACACGUAGAAGAUACGAACUGUCAACUGACAUUUGUCAUUUGUUGUUUAUCGCCUAACUGUCAACAGUGUCAAUCCGAGAGUUGUGACGUCAUCAGAAUCUUCAAAGACGUUUCGAGUUUGGUCACGUGACGUGUGCCAAAAGAUAUUUUAAAUUCAAUAUUUACAAAAAUAUGGUCAUUACAGGUCCCCUAAAAGUAGUUUAACAUGUUCUUAUAAUCCAAAAGAAUUUAUUGGGAUACAAUUCUGCCCUAAGAUUUGUAGAUGGAAACAACCCUAUUCAUUCUAUGACUUUUCACUAUCCGCACAGACUCUUAAGUAUUUUUAACAAAUUUCAAACUCUUUGCAAGCUUGCAAUGACUAGGUAUUAAAACUAUUACGUAAAGUGAACGUCAGUUAUGUCAACGCGACAACUGCCAAAACCUGAUGUUGUUUACAUUCCAAGAACAGAUAAUUGCCUAAAUAAUUUAUUAGCCUUGGAAUUUGCGUAAAUAAUGUUGAAAUCAAGAUUGACUCUAACAGACGCCAAAAAGGAAGAGGCACAAGAGGCAACCACAGCAGAGGUAGGGGAAGAGGAGCAGGGUACAGAGGAGAGAAUCGGUGAAGAAAUAUUUCGUCUCCCUGAAUAUGCGGAGAGACGGCUGAACCGCUCGGAGGUCAGCGUCCGAAUGAGCCUUCUCGGCAAAACUGCUGAAGGUGAUGGAUACACCUACCUAAAGGCUACAAUAACAAACCUAAAUCUGACAGAAAUCAGUGCUAUCAAAAGCUUCCAACAUCUACAAUUCCUUGACGUAUCCAACAACCAUCUACAGACAAAGGCCCUUGAAGUCAUUAAAGACCUUCCCUUCCUUGUCCUUAUACAAGCAGACAGAAACCUACUCACCUCCGCUGCUUUACCAAGAAUGAAAUACCUUCAAGUUAUGAUUAUGAACGGCAACUAUUUGAAAUCGGUUCACGAUGUCUACCAACCAGAAUUGAGCACUCUAGAAGCAGCGGAUAAUAAGAUAGACAAAAUCCAUUUCGUUAAUAGAAUGCCAACAAUUAGAUGCCUCGAUUUUCGUCACAAUCUUAUUCAAGAUAUAAGCAAUUUGAAUUUUCCAAACCUGGAUAGCUUGUACUUAGCUGGGAAUAAAAUUACAAGUCUAGUUGGUGUAGAGAAUUUGGCGAAUUUGAGGAUAUUGCAUGUACGUGGUAAUCCCAUAAAAUUGUUAACCGGUUUCAGUGAGGCUAAUGAGAAAUUGGAAUACAUUAAUCUGAGAGCCUGUAAGGUGCGGACGUUAAUACAAGUGAAGAAAUUAAAGGUGUUGCCAAACCUACAAACGUUGAUAAUGAAAGGUUGCCCGUUUAUGGGCGGUACAGGGGAUGAUGAUGCUGGAGGGGAGGAAGACGACGCUGGCAUCCGAGUAGAGAUCUUAGCCACACUGCCGCGACUCAAAAGGAUCAACAAGGGAGUCGUUACUCCUGAAGAGAGGACUGAAGCAAAAGACCUGAUGGUGCAAUGGCUAGAAGAAGGGAAGGAAGACGAAGAAGAGUUGCCUGAAGAAGCAAACGAGGAACAUGAAGAAGAUUAAAGAUUAGGUACAAGAAUUACAUGUUGUUUUUUUAUUAUAGCAUGGAGUCAAUUAAUAAAGAAUUAUUGCUCAUCCAAAAA